AUGACGCCUUUCCUCCUAUCUGACGCUAUGAUAUCAAGGAUCAACGGUAAAGUUAACUCGGCUUACCUCUUUUCCGAUGAAGAAGAAAUAGCAAUUUCAGACGAGAUGUAUCCUAUGGAUAGGAUAAGUGAGCUACCUGAUACUCUACUGUUGAGAGUGUUAGCACUACUGCCUACUGCUAAAGAUAUUGUGGGCACAAUGGUUUUGUCGAAACGAUGGCAGUUUCUAUGGUUGUCUGUGCCAAGACUUGUGUUUGAUGAUCAAGAAAUUGAGUAUGGGAAGUUCUCGCGGUUCGUAGACAGGUACUUGAUUGUAAAUGAGGUUCCGGAGCUUGAAACUCUUCAUUUCAAAAUUAGUACAACAUGUGCUGCUCAAGAUAUUAAAGUUUGGAUGAGAGCUGCAAAUAACUUCGAUGAGGGUGAAAUGAUUAUUGAAAUCGACAGCUCUUCUUGCGCAUCUCCAAUCAUACUUCCAAAAUUUUUCUACACAGAAUGUACAAUGCUUGUGACACUGAAGCUCAACAACGUGAUUCUUGCCGACUUCUCAUCACUGAUGUUUUUCCCAUCACUUAAAACGUUGAGCCUCUUAUCUGUUAAGUAUCCUGAUGAAGAAUUUUUCAGCGGUCUUUUAACUUAUUGCUAUGCUCUUGAAAGCUUGGAAGUUGAAAAAUGUCGAGACGACAAUGUGAGUGUAUUCACAGUGAGAGUGCCCUAUCUAAAGAAGUUAGUCUUGCAUACCUCAGAAAACAGAGAUAGAGAUGACUCAGAUGGGUUUGUGAUAAACACUCCUUGUUUGGAAUACUUCAACAUUGUUGAUCAUAAGGGUGGGUUUUGUGUCAUUGAAAAUAACAUGCCUAAUGUUGUUGAGGCAUAUGUUGACGUUACGCAUAGUCAUCCGAGGAUGAUUUUGAGCUAUAUUACUUCAGUCAAGCGUCUCUAUUUAUGUUUAUCAACCUCCAAGGACUUGUAUCCUGUUGAUACUUUCUUCCACCGUCUUGAACAUCUAACGUUAUGCACAUGUGAGACAGAGUGGUUAAAUCUACUUCUGAGCAUGCUCAGAGAUGCGCCCAACUUACGAGCUCUAAAACUUGAGCAGUAUCAUGGCCUUCCGGCUCAUCACUUGCGUGGACUCUGGAAUGAACCGAGUUUUGUUCCUGUAUGUUUGUCAUCGAGUCUUGAAACCCUCGAGUGGGUAAACUAUGAAGGAACAGAAGAAGAGAAAGAAGUGGUGGGAUUUAUCUUGAGAAGCGGAAGCUGCUUGAACAAGGUGAACAUAUCCUCCAAAUCGAGUGACUGCAACAAGAAACUUGAGAUGAUUAAGGAAUUGACAUGGUUCAUCAGGCGUUCACCUACCUGUCAGCUUGCAUUCGACUGA